AAAGCCAACGCAAUGGCGUAUUCCCUUCUUCCAAAACGCUCAGCCACUAUCUUCCUCUAUACCUUCUUCUUCCUUGUCGCCGUAGCAGUGGAUGCCAAACUUGUUCAUAGUCAAGGAGUCCUCCACAGGCCACCGAAGGAGAAGAUAUCCCACCUCCAUUUCUACUUCCACGACAUCCUCAGCGGCCGGAAUCCGACUGCAGUACCCAUUGCCGGAGCGAGGAACCGGACCUCAGCGACGGGGUUUGGUGAUGUUAUAAUGAUCGAUGACCCCUUGACGGAAGGGCCCGAGUUGUCUUCCAAGCUGGUGGGAAGAGCCCAGGGAAUCUACGCUUCGGCCGGGCAGCAAGAAGCGAGCUUGCUCAUGGCAGUGAACUACGUGUUCAUGGAGGGGAAGUACAACGGCAGCAGCUUGAGCAUUUUGGGGAGGAACGCGGUGAUGCAGAGAGUAAGGGAGAUGCCGGUGGUGGGUGGUAGCGGUCUGUUCAGGAUGGCCCGCGGCUACGCCCUUGCGAGGACUCACUGGUUUAAUGCAAACACGGGAGACGCCAUUGUGGAGUACAAUGUCUAUGUCGUCCAUUAUUAGUUAAUCACAU